AUGGUGGCCAUCACUACCCAGCUGCCGCAUUCAAACCUAAGAGGUCUUUCAAGCUGCCCGGUGAGAACCACAGCAAUCCUUGAUCGGGAGAUGUAUGGCUGGUAUCCGGGGUACUGGGAAUACGUGAAAGCUUUGAAUACAAUUACACCCGCCGAUGGUUAUGAUGACUGGCGGGCCUAUCUGCCUCGUCAUAUCGGUUACCUGCAGAAGCCCUCCAACUUACAAACACUAAUCCGAGUAUUAUACAACGAAAAAAUGGAAUUUCCCGAGCCUCACAUUCACUUACCGCAAAGUUCGCACACGCACACAUUCAUCUUGCUCCAUGGCCGCGGUAGUAAUGGACCUGAGUUCGCCGAGGAGCUCUUCUCCUCCAUAACCUCCAAAGGUCCCAAUUUGGCCGCUUGCCUCCCGAAUUGGCGUUGGGUAUUUCCCACCUCUCGCAAUUGUUGGAGUGACAGAUUCCAGGAAGAAAUGUGUGUCUGGUUUGACGCAUACUCCUUGGAUGACAUCCAUGAACGACAGGAACUGCAGAUUGCUGGUUUGAGGGAGUCGGUCACCCACAUCUUGAGCAUCCUGAACCACGAGAUAGAAAUCCUCGGUGGAAAGACCAGCCAUGUUUAUCUUGGAGGUAUCAGUCAGGGAAUGGCAACCGCCUUAUGGACAUUGUUCUGUGCCACCAGCCAGAUCCACCAGCCACUUGGUGGCUUUGUGGGGUUUUGCGGCUGGCUGCCGUUUGCACGACAGAUAGAGGAGCAGGUUCAAAGUUCAGAUGCCCUCAGCGAACAGCUAGCACAACGUUCAGUAACUAGUUUCUUUCUCAACACAAUCUCUGGUUCCGGGGCAUCGCAGACAAAGGAAACCAUCGACGCCUCGAUCUUAUCAACGCCUGUAUUUUUGAGCCACGGAACCGACGAUGCUUGGGUGUCCGUGGACCUGGGUCGACAAGCAGCUCGAGUCUUACAACAGAUUAGAAUCCCUGUUCAGUGGCAUGAGUUCGCUGGGGCGGAGGAGGACGGCCAUUGGGUCAAAGAGCCUGAGGGGUUUGACCAGAUUCUUCACUUUCUCGAGGCAUGCUCCAGUCACACUUAG